UACUCGGAAGAAGUUUUGGCUGUUUUCAAAAGUUACAAAUUGGAUGACACUCAGGCUUCCCGAAAAAAGUUGGAAGAACUAAAAACAGGAGGAGAACAUGUAUAUUUUGCAAAGUUCCUAACUAGUGAAAAGCUGAUGGAUUUACAGCUGAGUGACAGUAACUUUCGACGUCACAUCUUGUUGCAAUACCUAAUACUAUUUCAGUAUCUAAAGGGACAGGUCAAAUUUAAAAGUUCAAACUAUGUUCUAACAGAUGAACAGUCUCUUUGGAUUGAAGAUACUACAAAAGCAGUUUACCAGCUUCUUUCAGAAAAUCCUCCAGAUGGAGAAAGAUUCUCAAAAAUGGUAGAGCAUAUAUUAAAUACUGAAGAAAACUGGAACUCAUGGAAAAACGAGGGCUGCCCAAGCUUUGUGAAAGAAAGACCUCCUGAUUCUAAGCCGAUGAGGCCUGUGAGAAAGAGGCCAGCUCCAGAGGACUUCUUAGGAAAAGGAUCAAACAAAAAAAUCCUUAUGGGGAAUGAGGAACUGACCCGCCUUUGGAAUUUAUGUCCUGAUAACAUGGAAGCUUGUAAAUCUGAGAGUAGGGAGUAUAUGCCAACAUUGGAGGAAUUUUUUGAAGAAGCUAUUGAACAAGCAGACCCUGAAAACAUGGUUGAAAAUAAGUAUAAGGCUGUGAACAAUUCCAACUAUGGCUGGAGAGCAUUGAGGCUUCUAGCACGCAGAAGUCCCCACUUCUUCCAGCCAACAAACCAACAGUUCAAGAGUUUACCUGAAUACCUAGAAAACAUGGUAAUCAAAUUAGCCAAGGAGCUGCCUCCUCCUUCUGAAGAAAUAAAAACAGGUGAAGAUGAAGAUGAGGAAGACAAUGAUGCUUUAUUAAAGGAAAACAAUGAAA